UAAUAGAGUCAAAAAAAUUUUCGCCGAAUAUCCACUUUGGUCCAUUUUCCGGUGUUUUCAUGUUUCACUAAUUCAAAGUAAUAAACAGAGUUUAUAAAGAAUCUCGUCCUUUGCGGUUAUAUCUGGCACUAAACUCGAAAAAUUCAGGUAUCGUGACAAAUUCAGGUAUCGUGAAAAUAAAUAGAUAACAAUAAAAUGAACAAUCAUUAAAAGUAAUUCACAGAUAUUCAAAAUCAUCAUAACAAAAUUCAUGAAUGACUUUGGAGUAUAAGUCAUCAAGCACGUUAAUUUAAGAAACUUAAGUAAUUAGCAUCCAUUUAGAGUCACUUAUAUUGACCUUGCGCAGUUGUGUUUCAGUAAGGUACAAAUUGUUACCCUCUUCCCUAAAUCGCUGCAUUCGGCACUCGGCAGUUGUCAGUUGUGUCUCUCGGGGUGAACUUUAGCUAGUGAAACCAAAAAUGGCAGGUGUUGUUUUCGAGGACAUAUUCAAUGUCAAGGACAUCGACAGAGAAGGCAAGAAAUUCGACAGAGUGGUACGUUUGCACUGCGACAGCGAGUCUUUCAAGAUGGAUCUCAUAUUGGACAUCAACAGUUUGAUUUACCCCAUGGAAUUAGGUGAUAAGUUUCGUCUAGUUCUGGCAACAACGCUUAGAGAAGACGGUUAUCCCGACAGUCAGUAUUGGGAUCCCUCCGAAGUAGAUGCCGUAGGUUCAAGGGCCGACAGUUUUGAUUACGUCAUGUACGGAAAAGUAUAUAGGCUGGAUGGUGAUGAUGAUUUGAGUGAUCAAUCUAGAAGACUGGCAGCGUAUCUGUCUUUUGGAGGACUGCUGAUGAGACUGCAAGGAGAUGCCAACAAUUUGCAUAAUUUUGAGUUGAAUCAAGAAAUGUAUAUCUUGCUCAAAAAGAUUUUCAUGUAAAAUUUGAUGAUAUUUAUAUUUUCUUGUGAUAAACCAAAGGUGCCGUAGUGAUAUCAAUAUUUGUUGUGAAUUCUGUUUAUUAUUGUAAAGUCGCAAAUUAUUUUCAUGUUUUACGUUUCAAGUCAUUAUUCAUUGUUUUUUUUUCUGUGAUCUCUAAUUAUGUAAGUGUGAAAUAAACUUAUUGAACCUAUCUAUAGAAUACUCGUUGUUAAUUGGAGAUGACAUAUUCAUAUCAGCCCUAAUAUGGUUGAAUAGGAAAAUAUAAAAUAUUUUGAUAUAAUAUCUCAUAUAUAUCUAUUUUAACCUUUUUCCAAUUUCAAAACUCUAAUAUCACUGAUGUAGUCAUUAAGUCGUUUCAAAUUUCUCGAUAACACCUCAACCUCAUUAGAUUUUGAGAUCAUUAUACAGUGAUAAGUAAACAGUCAGUUUCUGAUGAUUAAAUAAUAGCAGUGUUACAGAAAGAAUAACGGCCUUUCGAUUUCAAGUUCCCUAUCUAUGAAUACUUUUAGGGUUCUUUACCUGUAAUACAACCCAACUGCCUAUUGUGUUGUUGAAGCCACUCUUCGAGUUAUUUCCUCAACCAGAGGAAGAAUGCUAUGUUGCCAAAUUUUAUGAAUUUAACUAUCAAUUUUGUUCAUAGUUUACAAUUAAACUAGUCCAUCCACUGUUUCUAGAAACUUUAUCCUUCGAAAACGGCCUUUCAGAAGUCCAAAAGUAUUCUCUAUACAUACUUGACUUGUGAUAACUUUGCAUUGAAGUUUUUUAUCUGUUGGUUGAAUUAUUAUUAUUUUUCAAACCAACCAUCACAUAGUCUGAUACACAUUUAUAUGCUGAAUCCCCUAGUAUAUGGGCAUUGUUAGGAAAUUUAUAUUCUCCACUUUCUAUGCUCUCAAAGAUAUCAGACUUUUCAAACAAUCAUGUAAUGAACCAGAUAUUCCAACAUACACACAUGUGUAAAUAGUUUUCUAUUGUCACAUAAACCUUGAAACUAAACAGAAUGAAAACCUUUUCUGUUGACAUAUGAAUUUGGGUGUCUUGGUGGUAGAAGGUAGAAUUCUGAUAUGACUACCGUCUAUGCAGCCAAUUACCCAAGAAUAUAUAUAAAUGAUGGUGGAUAUUAUUUAUUUACAAACAAACCAUGUUACGUAUGUAGUAGCCAAAUUUAAAUGUCCCGCCGACUGUUAGCGUUGACGUGACUGGGAGCAUAGAAUGUUAUGAAGAAGAGUGUCUCUAUGGUAAUGAAUGAUGUCAAUGUCAUUGGAGAUUGAAGUAGUCGUAGAUAAGAUGAGUAUGUAGUGAUUUUACGAAUUAUGAAGUGUAUUGUAUACUUGUGAAUUUAUGGAAAAUAAAAUAUAA